AUGGCGAGCAAACCAACGUCGUCCUCCUCUUCUCCGCCGGGAAAACUUCGAUUGUCCUCUCUUUCCGAUAUCGUUUCCCGAUUCCUCCUGACUCUAUUUCUCGAUCAGGAAGUUGCAGAUGAAACACAAGACUGGGUACUCGGAGCCGGGUUGGGUUGGGUCGAAGCCCGAACAUCUUGCAAACACUUGAAUUCUCUUUCUCCCGAUUUGGUUGAAUUACCAACUCCUGAUACUCCUUGUUCAAGGUUUGGUCUUUCGAUCACUCUCACACUUUUGAUUUGA